UUUUACAAGGUUAAUUAACGGUGGUGGUGAUAAUUUUGAUGGGAAGGUUGAGUAAUAAGUGGAUAAAAUUGAAGGAGAAUAUGAGAAGAAAGAGGAUGAACCAUGUUUAGUUUCUGUUGCUGAUAUUGGUGAUCAAUUACAAAGAAUUUGAUUAAUAUUUGAUGGAGUUUCUCAUUUUGAUGAGCUCUUUUUAGAUCGUAACUACAUUGCGCGCUGGGGCAUAGUAUGCUGGAGUUCCUGUACAGAACUGCGUGCUCAUUGCUGGAGGCCAAUCCGGUGUAUCUGAAUCUUAAUGCAUAGUCAUGCCAUGUAUCGUUCUGCGGAGCAGAUAGGGAAAUUUGAGCUUCAUAUCAUGGAGGAAGAGUUUGUUGAUCCUCGGAUUGUAGUUAUGCUUGGUGAAAAUGAGACGGGAAAGAUGACAUUUCUUUGCUUGCUGGUUUCACAUAACUUCAUAAAAGCUAAUUGCUUAAAUGUGAUAAUGGUCUCGCUGGAAUUGGAGUUGACGCUGAAUACACAAAUCAGAUGCAUGUGUAACUCUCAAUUACACUAGAUAGAUGCAUAUGUAACUCUCAAUUACAAUAGACAGAAGCGUGUGUAACUUCUAGUUACACAUGCCAAGAAAUUAUUGUAAAUGAAUAUUAAAGUAAUACAUGUAAUUUUUGUAUGCGUUCUUUUAUGUCUAUUUUUUUAUGUGUUUGCAUUACACGUGGCAUAAGGAUGUGUAACUUCUGGAUACACAUGCCAUAUGCAUGUGUAACUUAUGUUUACACAUUCACACUAUACUUUAAUAAUUUUGGGCCUAUAUUUAA